AUGGAGACCGAGUCCGGGGCGCAAACAUCAAAUCAGACGCAAACAGAUUCAUUAUCUCCAUCCCCUAAUCCUGUGUCACCUGUGCCUUUGAAUAACCCAACAAGUGCCCCAAGAUAUGGAACAGUGAUCCCUAAUCGCAUCUUUGUAGGAGGAAUUGACUUUAAGACAAAUGAAAAUGAUUUAAGGAAGUUUUUUUCCCAGUAUGGGUCUGUAAAAGAAGUGAAGAUUGUAAAUGACAGAGCUGGAGUGUCCAAAGGGUAUGGCUUCGUCACUUUUGAAACACAAGAAGAUGCACAAAAAAUUUUACAAGAGGCUGAAAAACUUAAUUAUAAGGAUAAGAAACUGAACAUUGGUCCAGCAAUAAGAAAACAACAAGUAGGAAUCCCUCGUUCCAGUAUAAUGCCAGCAGCUGGAACAAUGUAUCUAACAACUUCAACUGGAUAUCCUUACACUUAUCAUAAUGGUGUUGCUUAUUUUCAUACUCCAGAGGUAACUUCUGUCCCACCACCUUGGCCUUCACGUUCUAUAUCUAGUUCCCCUGUGAUGGUAGCUCAGCCAGUUUAUCAGCAACCUGCAUAUCACUACCAGGCCCCUGCGCAGUGUCUACCAGGACAGUGGCAGUGGGGUGUUCCUCAGUCUCCUGCCUCUUCUGCUCCAUUCUUAUACCUGCAACCCUCUGAGGUUAUUUAUCAACCAGUGGAAAUUGCACAAGAUGGUGGAUGUGUUCCUCCUCCUCUAUCUCUGAUGGAAGCUUCAGUUCCAGAGCCUUAUUUUGAUCAUGGAGUUCAAGCAACAUAUCACCAGGUUUAUGCUCCAAGUGCCAUCUCUAUGACUGCACCUGUGAUGCAGCCUGAACCAAUUAAAGUAAGAAGUGUGUUUUGA